AUGGGUAGGCAUCGGCGCGCUCUUGUUCAAUGUGGUUUGCCUGGGUGUUGGGUUGCUGCUGAUUUCGCAGGGUUCAUCAGUCAAACGGUUCCGGGUCGUCGUCUUUUCAACUACGCCGGCCCAGCCUUCUGGAUCCUUGGCGCCUUGGUAUGGUUCCCCCACGCUAUCGCCGCCUACAAAGGGGUACCGGGAGCUAUGUUGACGACGAGGAGCGGGCUUGCGGUGCAGAUGGGUGCGGUGCUUAUAGGCAUCGCCAACACGGUGGGCAACUUUGUGAGCGGACAGGUCUUCUUCGUCACGGAUCGAAGAUCUAACUUGCUCGAUAAUCUAGGUCUACUCAAUCCCUUCGAGUCUAUUGGAAUUGAGUGA